CCCAUUGAUGGUGACUAGCUUGGGGAAGCAUCCUGGCUUCCGCAGUUUGGUGUGUAAUCAGACUCUUGCGCUCCAUUUCUUCCUUUCUUUCACGAUUUAUCGCGAUUUUUUUUUUGGAUUAGGCAGCAAUCAGUCCUCUCUUCCCGGUGUCCCUGAGAAACAGGUGAUCCUGGUUAACAGCGGUCAGUGUUUGGAUGCUGUUUCCUCGCCGGCGUUUGCAGGAUGAUAGGACCGGGCGAGCCUGAAUGAGAGCAGAACUUUACUUUGCAAGAGGAAAAACUUUCUAUUUUGGGGGGAAGGCGUUUUCACCAAAUCCCGUAGCUUCUAAAAGCAGAAGAAGUUGGUUUUAAAGCUGGACUUCACUGGUUUUGGGAUCUGUGUGUGCGUGUCAGUUUCAAAAGCGGUUGCAUUUUUUUUUAAAGAAACGGUGGCCGGUUGGAAUAGACUUUUUAAAUGUUUGGGAUUCAAGAUACUUUAGGAAGAGGACCCAUUCUGAAAGAGAAAUCUCUCGCUUCUGAAAUGGAUUCCGUCAGGUCCUGGGUCAGAAAUGUUGGGGUGGUGGAUGCAAAUGUAGCUGCACAAAGCGGAGUAGCUUUGUCCAGAGCCCACUUCGAAAAACAACCACCUUCCAACUUGAGGAAAUCCAAUUUCUUUCAUUUUGUCCUGGCUCUCUACGACAGGCAGGGGCAGCCGGUGGAAAUAGAGAGGACCGCCUUUGUGGACUUCGUAGAAAAUGAUAAAGAACAAGGCAAUGAAAAGACCAAUAACGGCACACACUACAAACUUCAACUCCUUUACAGCAAUGGUGUCAGAACUGAACAGGAUCUGUUUGUUAGGCUCAUCGAUUCAGUCACUAAACAGCCCAUCACUUACGAAGGACAGAACAAGAAUCCAGAAAUGUGCAGAGUUCUGCUUACUCAUGAAGUCAUGUGCAGCCGGUGCUGUGAAAAGAAAAGUUGUGGCAACAGAAACGAGACUCCCUCGGAUCCUGUGAUCAUCGACAGAUUCUUCUUGAAAUUUUUCCUCAAGUGCAAUCAGAAUUGUUUGAAAACAGCAGGGAACCCCAGAGACAUGAGACGUUUCCAGGUUGUGUUAUCAACAACAGUGAAUGUUGAUGGACAUGUAUUGGCAGUGUCUGACAACAUGUUUGUUCAUAACAACUCUAAACAUGGACGGAGAGCGAGGAGACUUGACCCCUCAGAAGCCACACCAUGCAUCAAAGCUAUUAGCCCAAGUGAAGGCUGGACUACAGGGGGCGCAAUGGUGAUCAUUAUAGGAGACAAUUUCUUCGAUGGGCUACAAGUGGUAUUUGGGACCAUGCUUGUAUGGAGUGAGCUGAUCACACCUCACGCUAUUCGAGUCCAGACCCCCCCUCGUCACAUUCCUGGUGUAGUCGAAGUCACACUAUCAUAUAAAUCCAAACAGUUCUGCAAAGGAGCCCCGGGCAGGUUUAUUUACACCGCUUUAAAUGAACCCACCAUCGAUUAUGGUUUCCAGAGACUGCAGAAGGUCAUCCCGAGGCAUCCCGGUGACCCAGAGAGACUAGCCAAGGAGAUGCUGUUGAAAAGAGCCGCUGACCUAGUUGAAGCACUGUAUGGAACGCCACAUAAUAACCAGGAUAUUAUUCUGAAGCGAGCUGCGGACAUUGCAGAAGCUUUGUACAGUGUCCCAAGGAAUCCUGGCCAGAUCCCUGCUUUGUCUAGUUCUCCAGCUCAUAGCAGCAUGAUGGGAAUCAAUUCCUAUGGGAGCCAGUUAGGAGUCAGCAUCUCAGAGUCGACACAGGGGAACAACCAAGGUUACAUUCGUAAUACAAGCAGCAUCUCCCCUCGAGGUUACUCUUCCAGUUCAACACCUCAGCAGUCUAAUUAUAGCACCUCCAGUAAUAGCAUGAAUGGCUACAGCAAUGUCCCGAUGUCUAACCUGGGAGUUCCUAGCUCACCUGGAUUCAUUAAUGGCUCUCCAACAGGAUCUCCCUAUGGAAUAAUGUCUUCAAGUCCAACAGUUGGCUCUUCCAGCGCUUCUUCCAUCCUUCCAUUCUCCUCCUCCGUCUUUCCUGCUGUCAAACAGAAGAGUGCCUUUGCCCCUGUCAUCAGACCCCAAGGGUCUCCCUCCCCUGCCUGCUCUAGUGGCAAUGGAAAUGGGUUUAGAGCCAUGACUGGUCUUGUCGUUCCCCCGAUGUAAAAGAAGAGGACGUUUUGCUUUUGUUUUGUUUUUCAUUUUUCUUUUACAGCACAAAACUACUUAUUGUGAUGGACCACUAAAAAGAAAA